AGAGAAGAAGGGGGUGGAGGUGGGUGAGAGUGUGUUGAAGCCUUUAAAUUGUGGACAACUUCCAAUGAAUGUGAGUGACAAAGAGAGACUGAGAAACACAAUUAGGGUAAAAAAAAGUCCUGAGGUUGGAAGGAAAGAAGAAGAGGAAGAAAAAGUAGAAGAAGAAGAAAUGAAGGACUUGGUGCAGUCAGUAAAACCCAGGGUGUUUCAGCAGAAGGGAGGUAAAGUAACUCGAUCCAAAGUUUGGCUAAAGAAUGAACUCAUUCGUGUGGGACUUGCUGAAUCACUUAGCACAUAUGUCAUGAUGUCAUUGGGCUUGGGGUCUGUGGCCCAGGUAGUGACUGGUCAGGGAGCUUUUGGACAGUACCUCAGCAUCAACCUGGGUUUUGGACUGGCUGUUGCCAUGGGGUCUCAUGUUGGAGGGAAGAUCUCGGGGGCUCAUAUGAAUGGAGCUGUAUCAUUCACAAUGUGUGUGUUUCGCCGCCUCCCGUGGAAGAUGUUACCUCUUUAUAUUUCGGCACAGCUAUUGGGGUCAUUUCUUGCAGCAGGGACAAUUUAUGCUGUCUACUAUGAAGCCAUUUAUGACUACUGUAGAGGAAACCUGACUGUGACUGGUGAGAAGGCCACUGCUGGUAUCUUUGCCACCUAUCCUGCUCCAUACCUCUCUCUGAUAGCUGGAUUUUUUGACCAGGUAUUUGGCACAGCGAUGCUACUACUGUGCCUUAUGGCUCUAUCCGACCAGAAGAACAAACCAGCGCCAGCAGGAAGUGAGCCUGCAUUUGCGGGUUUCCUGGUGCUUCUCAUUGGCAUUUCUUUGGGUAGCAACAGUGGCUAUGCCAUCAACCCCACCAGAGACAUCGCACCCAGGGUUUUCACUGCCAUGGCAGGCUGGGGAUCUGAUGUGUUCAGGGCUGGAAACGGAUGGUGGUGGGUGCCUCUAGUUGCCCCCCCUAUUGGAGGAGUCCUUGGAGCAGGGCUAUACAAGGCUGUUGUGGAACUGCAUCACCCACACCUCUCUGAAGCGGGUGGAGAGAUGGUUGAAGAAGCUGUCCCUCUGGAUAAAGAGAUAAAUACCAUUGAAAAUAUGUGUGUGUGACACCCUAGCUAAGUUGACAGCUAAGUGAAUAGCUCUAUGAAGAUGCAACAUUCAAUGAAGGUAAAGGGUUAAAAAGCCUAAAACUAACUUGUUAGAUGGGAGACAGAGGAUGAUUAGCAAACAGGGAGUGAAAUAAAGAUUUGUUCAAAUCAAAAA